CUUUGGUCGUGGCGCUGGACAGUAGCUGCUGCGAGCCCGAGCCGCGGAGGGGCUCGCUGGGUUCGCCGCGGGCGGAGGGGGGUCGGCAGCCGCAGCAGCGAAUAUGAUGGCAGCGGCGCUGUGGCGGAGCUGCGCGAAGCUAAGAAGAAACAUGCCAAUCUACUUGGCUUCUUGGAAGGCUCCUCCUAGUGUCUUUAAAUCAUCCAAAUCAGAAGCUAUGGUAAACCCAACCAAUGAGGGGGUAGUGUGUGCUCCCCUUGACACACUUACAGAAGAAGAAAUAAUGAUGAAAGAAAUGGUGAAAAAAUUUGCUCAAGACCGAAUUGCACCUUUCGUAAAAACAAUGGAUGCAAAUGCGGAAAUGGAUGAAUCUGUACUGCAAGGACUAUUUGAACAAGGGCUAAUGAGUAUUGAGCUUGGACCAGAGUAUGGAGGAACUGGAUCUUCAUUUUUUUCUACCAUACUGGUGGUAGAGGAAUUAGCCAAGGUUGACCCAGCUGUAGCUCUUCUGUGUGAACUCCAGAACACAAUUACUAAUAAAUUGUUUAUUACAUAUGGAACAGAAGAACAAAAGAGAACUUAUUUGCCCAGACUGGCUAAAGAUUUGACAGGCAGUUUCUGCCUUUCAGAGGUUGGAUCUGGCAGUGAUGCAUUUUCUUUGAAGACUCGUGCUGAUAAGAAGGGAGACUACUAUGUUAUCAAUGGCUCAAAGAUGUGGAUAAGCUUUGCAGAACAGGCUGGAGUGUUUUUCGUGAUGGCAAAUGCAAAUCCUCCUUUGGGAUACAAGGGAAUAACAUGCUUCAUAGUAGAUCGUGGCACAGAGGGCCUACAUGUAGGGAAAAAGGAAGAUAAACUGGGAAUCAGAGCAACUUCUACGUGCCCAGUAACGUUCGAAAACGUUAAGGUUCCUAAGACCAAUAUCCUGGGACAGCUUGGAGAAGGCUAUAAGUAUGCAAUUGGAACGCUAAAUGUGGGCAGAAUAGGAAUUGCUGCACAGAUGUUGGGAUUGGCACAGGGAUGUUUUGACCACACUAUUCCAUAUGUAAAGGAGAGAGUCCAGUUUGGGAAAAGCAUAUUUGAUUUUCAGGGAAUGCAACAUCAGAUAGCUCAAGUGGCCACCCAGCUGGAAGCUGCAAGGUUGCUGACCUAUAAUGCAGCCCGACUCGUAGAAGCAGGAAGGCCAUUCAGAAAAGAGGCAAGCAUGGCCAAGUAUUAUGCUGCAGAGGUUGCAGCACUGACAACUAGUAAAUGUAUUGAAUGGAUGGGUGGAGUUGGAUUCACAAAAGAUUAUCCAAUUGAAAAAUACUACAGAGACUGCAAAAUUGGUACAAUAUAUGAAGGAACUUCAAAUAUCCAGCUGAGUACAAUUGCAAAAUGCAUAGGUCAAGAAUACUGAAAACCGCAAGGACGUUGUGACUGUUCACGCUGAAAUUUAGAAUCAGCACGCCUCAUUGGUGAAAUCAAGGGUUACAUAUUUAUUCCAAAUUGUGUGUGUGUUUUAAAAACAAAAACAAAACCCUAAUCAUGGAAUUUUAUCCCGAAAACAGUGCAAUGAUUUAAGUGAUUAGGUUGUUUCAGACUGUAGAGAUUGACAAAAGUAAACAAACAAACGAACAGGAGAUAAAUCUUCAACCUGCUUUACUGGCACAAAAGGGCACAAAGCCACCUGAAGAGGCAGCUGAUUCCCCCAGGGCAGAGGUAUCAUCGACUGGUGUAAAGCCAGCUAUAUGCCAUUUGGUGUGGUGAGAAUGGGUAGACUUGGAGAGUUCAGCUGUCCUUGCUACCUUUGUCUGGUGAGCGAUUCCUAUAGGGCCGCUACAGUUGAGGUAACUUAGAGCAAUCAUAGCCUAUUCUAAAUUCUAUCUGGCAGUUUGGGCCCUGGCAGUCCCUGGAUUGGGGAUCUUGAAAGGUGGCAAAUAGGCAUCUUCCACCCCAUCCCCUCUUCUGCUAUUUAGGCUCUUCAUAUUUUUUAAUGCUAAGUUAAAUUCUUUGUAAAAUGCGUUAAAGAAUAUGCCUAUAUAUAUAUAUAUAUAUAUAAUGUGAGGAUUAAUGUUUGUAAAAUGCUUUGAACAGGGAAAGUACUAUAAGUAAUAAGAAAACUAUAAUGCUUAUCAACUAGAGGUCAGAUUAAGAGAAACUUGGUAGUUCUGCAAAAGGACAAUGACAUAAGCUAGUUGAUAAGCAUUAUAGUUUUCUUAUUACUUAUAGUACUUUCCCUGUUCAAAGCAUUUUACAAACAUUAAUCCUCACAACCCCCCUGUGAGGGGGUAUAGCUCUUGGGGAAACUCGAUGGAAAUUAAAGGUAUUCUGCAAAAGAGAAAAGUUUGUAUCUUUUUUCUUCUUUAUAAUAUAAAGGCUGAAAAAGCCAGAAUUUUUUUUUUUGGUCUGCUUCUUUUUACAUUAGACACAGACCUUGCUUACACUGAAAGACUCAUUAGUGACUGGAGAAUCAGUAAAACUAAGCAUAAGACCCAAGUGACUGAAAGCUUAGCAAGUAAAAGGGGAGGAAUAUUUAAUUACUGCUUUUAAUUCUUUGGGUUUUUUACCCAUUUAAUUCCACCAACUAUAAAAUA